AUGCGCACAGGGCUGACAGCGCGGGGCGGGGAGGAAGGCGUGGCCGCGGGAACGUGUAGGGGCGUGGCCGCCAGCCGUGGGCGUGGCCGCCGGCCGCGUGUAUCGGGGCAGAGCCCACGUGAGCGGCAGCGCCCGCGCGAGGGAUCCUGGAUCUCCGCCCCGCCCAGAUCUCCCCCCGCCCCAUCCUGGAUCCCCUCCGGCCCCGCCCCUUUGACACAGACCCCGCCCACCAGACUCCUCCCUGGGCAAAGCCCCGCCCCCCUCCCGAAGCCCAGCGAAGCGGAGCGCUCCCCCUCCUUAGGCCACGGCCUCCCGCGCUCUGAACCCAGGACAAUUGGCAAAGGGGGGGCGAUGGCGAAGGCCGUCAUGGAGAAGCCGGGGGCUUGGGUGCAGCUCAGCCAGAAGCCGGAGGGUCUCAACCUCCAGGAGCGGGUGGUGACAGUCAAUGGCAAAGCCACCCAGCUCCACACCGCCAUCCACAUCAUCGUCCGCAAGAUCCAGGAGGAUCUGCAGAACAACGGUUGCCUCAACAUCAGCUACACCAAUGUCACUGGGCUGGUGGCCAACUCCAAUCCCACCAGUUCACCCUACGCCAGCUCCACGGACACCUUGCACCCAAGUGCCACCAUCUUGGGUGCUCCUGGCACUUUGGGUGCCUUCACCGCCGCUCCCGGUUUUACUAGCAGUGACCUGUUGGCUAUCGGCACCGCCUUGAACACCUUGGCCAGUUACAGUUACAACCCGGUGGUGGGGCUGGGCUUGGGUUCAGCAGCAGUGGCGGCCAGUGUGAACCUGGCGGCAGCCACCAACCUCUUAGCUUCCUACGCGAAUGAUGCGGUUGCUGGCCUGGUGGCGCCCACCUUUGCCUUGGGUUCGUUGCCCUCCACCAACGGUUACUUGGCCCCAGUGGCCACUGCCACUGGCUUGUUUUUGGCACCUGAGAAGCUGAUUGAGGGCACCAAGGAGCUGAUGGAGAUCGCGGUGCCGGAGAACCUGGUGGGCGCCAUCCUGGGCAAGGGGGGGAAGACCUUGGUGGAGUACCAGGAGCUGAUGGGUGCCUGGAUCCAGAUCUCCAAGAAGGGUGACUCCAUCCCCGGCACCCGCAACCACAAAGUCAAUCAUGGGUCCCCCGGCUGCCACCCAAGCCGCCCAGUAUCUCAUCAGCCAACGUGUCACCUAGGAGCAGGGCAUGGCAUGAGGACCACCAACAUGCCCAAAGUGGGCUAGGGCUGGUCACCCAGUGGAUGGGGUGGCCCAUGACCAUGGUGGCAUCUCCAAAGGUCCUUUGGGUGGCCAACAGC